AAGAUAACAGGGCUUCCCCAGACAGAGCCCUGGCAGGAAGAAAUGCAGUCCUGGAGGUCCGGACAAGGGACGGGGCCGGGAGCAGCCACCCCACAACACAGGAGUGCCCAGCACAGCUACCCCCAAAACUGGACACCACAUUUAGAUAAACAUGAUUUUUACUUUAACUUCCGCAACUCGGAAAAGGCCAAGGAUCGGAGAAACACCUUCCUGUGCUUCCAGGUGGAGGGAGCCAGCACCUCCUCUAAGAGGGUCUGCAGUAACCAGGUUGGCGGGCUCCACGUGGAAUUGUCCUUCCUCUCAUGGUUCGAGAACAAGCUGCUGUCCCAUGCCCAGCAGCAGCAGUACCAGGUGACCUGGUACCUCUCCUGGAGCCCCUGCGACAGCUGUGCGAAGCAGGUGGCCAACUUCCUGGCCACCAACAGGAACGUGAGGCUGACCAUCUUCAUUGCCCGCCUCUACUACUUCAAGAGGCCGCAGAACCAGGUGGGCCUUCGCCGGCUGGUCAGCCAGGGGGUCAGGAUGAACGCCAUGUCUCUCCAAGAAUUUUCACAGUGUUGGGAAGCGUUUGUGGACAACCAUGGAAGCGUAUUUGAGCCUUGGGAAAAUCUGGAUGAAAACUACCGCUGUCAGGCCGACAAGCUGGAUGAGAUUCUCAGAGGUUCCCGGAGUCUGCUCAGAGAAGAGACCUUCUGUCUCCACUUCAACAACCAGCGCCGGCUGCCCAAGCCCCAUCCCCACAGGAGGUGGUACCUGUGCUACCAGCUGGUGUUGCCCAACGGGGUCCUGCUCGACAAAGGCUGCUUACAAAACAAGAAAAAACGCCAUCCAGAAAUUCGCCUUAUUUUCCGGAUCCUGUCCAUGGAGCUGGACCAGGCACAGAGAUACCGACUCUCCUGUUACCUCUCGUGGAGCCCCUGCCUGCAGUGCACUCAGGAGCUGGGAAAGUUCGCCAACAAGCACAAAAACCUGGACCUGCACAUCUACACCGCCCGCCUGUACUGCCAUUGGCUCAGAUACUUCCAGAAGGGGCUGUACCUGCUGUGGAAGUACAAGGUCCCGAUGACUGUCAUGGGUCUCCAAGAGUUUGACGACUGCUGGAAAAUCUUCGUGGACCAGGAAAAGCCCUUCCCGGCCUGGCCGAAGCUGCAGCAGUGCAGUGACAAGACUCAGAACCGGCUCAAUAGGAUCCUACAGGGGAGCUGCAUCCCAGGGCAUACCCCCACCCACCCUAGCCUGCCUUUCCUCGCGCUCCCUGCCUGGAGUCUGAAUGACUUGAAGGAUGCCCUGAGCGACCUCAGCCUCAGCCAGUGA